GAGAGCGGUAUUGGCCAGAACCACACUUGGACACCUGCGAAGAGUUGAAGGACGACUCAGGAACACCCUUCUGGAUCUGGACUCGGAAUACUGUGAUCAAGACGGUGAACCUGGAGCAGAACCCCAUAAGCGAUGCAGACAUGGUGGAGCGUCUCCAACCACAUGGUACUGGUGCCUUGAUACUGCGGUCAACUCCUUGCACGGCAGCGCUUCUCGAGCGACAGCAGAAGGCCAAGGAGCAAAAAGCCUCCACGCCAGAAGAUGAGGAAGGCCGCGACGAGAGCAAAGGAUGGACCCUGAUCUUGAGCUGA